AGAAAUGUCCGCUAAAAUGGCGGUUGUCUAACUUGGUGUAAACAAACUGAGUUGACUCGAAUAUCUAGCUAGAUAAUAGAUCUAGAUCUUCUAGAUCUAGAUCUAUACAGUAAAAAAUUAGGCUACAGAUAAAAUCUAUCUAGAUUGGAUCUACUAGUACUAUGACUAGAUCUAGAUAGACUAUAUUAUAAAUGCAAAAUGCUGCUGAGGUCCCUAUUUCACUGACUGUUGGCAUCGCUACAUCUUUUACUAGUUUCUGUGUGCCUGUAACAACUAGAUCUAAGCACUUUCAUGAUCGAAACUGCGGCCAUUUAGUAGAAUUUAAUAAGAAUAUAAACUCAACUAUGUCACAAAGUGUAAAGGGUUGGUCAUAUCUUCAAGAAAAACAAGGUUUUUCCUGGGAUAAAUAUCUGAAAGAGAAUGCUGCUAAAGCUGCUCCUGCCUCAUGUUUUAAACAGGCUGCCACACCACCGAUUAAUGAGUUUAAUAAAGGAAUGAAAGUAGAAGCUAGUGACCCAAGGAAUCACACUUCUAGUUGUAUUGCAACUGUGAUAGACAUGCAAGGACCACGUCUCCGUCUGCGGCUUGAUGGGAGUGACGAUAAGAAUGAUUUCUGGCGUUUGGUUGAUUCAGGAGAUUUGCAUCCAGUUGGUUUUUGUGAAAAAAAUAAAGGGAUGCUGCAACCUCCUUUAGGGUUUCGCAUGAACUCCUCAAGUUGGCCAGGAUUUUUGCAAAGAACAUUAAAUGGUGCAACAUGUGCACCCGAUCAAUGUUUUAAAAAGGAGCCUUCAACUCCAACAAGAAACAUGUUUCAAGUGGGUCAGAAGCUGGAAGCAGUAGAUAGGAAAAACCCAGCUUUAAUCUGCCCUGCAACUAUUGGAGCUGUCAAUGAGGACCAGAUUCAUGUAACCUUUGAUGGUUGGCGUGGAGCUUUUGACUAUUGGUGUCGUUAUGAUUCAAGAGAUAUAUUUCCAGUUGGCUGGUGUGAAAGUAGUGGCCAUCCACUUCAAAGUCCUGGAGUGAAAGCGUCCUCCUACAAGUCACUGAAAGUCUCACGGGAAAGCAAUGAAUUAAGUGUGAAUGUAAGCAGUGGACACAGUGUCAGUCCUUCACAAGCAAGCCCUUUGACUCCAAGCUCAGGGGAAAUAAGUCAGCCCUCACCUCAUGAGAGUACAGUCACUAGCUCUGAGCCUGACACAACUGGAUCAGAUUCUGACAAAAUUUGUGUCUAUGUGAACCAUACUUGCUACUGUGGCAGCUUGUUGUCUCCUCGAAGUGUGAAUGAAGUUAUGCCCCAUCAGUUUGGUCCAGGCAAUAUAAGUAAAGUACUGAUUGACUUAGUGGAUGCUUGCAUAGCAUGCUCUUUACAGCAGAGGCAGGUUUUUGACCUUUUGAAAAUGGCAGCACCAGGAACUGGAAAAAUUACUGUGACUGCAACUUGCAAUAACAGAACAUUCACAAAAAGAAUAGUUUCAUAUGACAAAACAUCAGAGUUUAUCCAGUUUCUGGAAGGCUUUAGGGAAAGUCUUGGCUGUUGUGAACAUUUUAUCAGUGUGAAUGCAAACAUUCGGCCAUGUUUGAAAUGUGUUAAUGGAAGAUCCAAAACUGGCCAUAAGAGACCAGCUUCUUGGCUGCCUGAUUCAGAAGAUGACAGUUAUGCUCCAAAGUCAGAUCGCAGACGUUGGUCUACUGAAUCUUCAGAAAGUUCAAGGGGAGCUUCCAAAAUAUCAAAGUUUACAAUGCCCAAAACUGCUACAGCCUUUGAAGCUGAUGAAAUAUACAGUCAGGCCAGCUCCACUACAGGUGAAACCAAUCAUCAAUCUCUGCCUCUGAUGUCUGCUGUACGUACUACAGAUCCAUCUGAAUGGAGUGUGGAAGAAGUUAUGUCUCAUAUUAAAGAAACAGAUGUAGGACUCACGCCUUAUGUUGAACACUUUAGAAGACAUGAAAUAGAUGGCAAAGCUUUUCUACUUUUAAAAAGUGAAAUGAUGCUGAAAUACAUGGGUCUGAAACUAGGGCCAGUGGUCAAAUUGUGCAACAUUAUAGACAAAUUGAAGGCAAGGUGCAGCAAAUAAAACUGUUGUGGUUCCAUCAGGUGGAGGAGUUUGAAAACAUCAUUGGUUCAACAAGACUGGAAUAGUGGCUGAAAUAUAGUUAUGCAAUUUUUGGUUGGUAAAGUUGUCAAUCCAUGUGUUGAUAUUUGCUAUUACAAACUUUGAACGGGUAAUUUCAAAUGUUCUUAGAUUGAAUGUCAUGUAAGUGUUAGGAUGUCAACUGUCACCAUCAUGCGUGUGUCCUUGACCUAAAUUCAUUUCACACUAAGUAAUACACAAAUAAAAUUGUAGCUCUCCCACUUUGGUUAACUCUACAAAAGCUUGUCUUUCUAGACUUACAGGCUACUCUGGGGCCUUUCUUUACUCACAGACAGACUUUGGGGCCUUUCUGUGCUCUGCAUAUGCACAUCUUUUUGUUUUCUUUUCAAAAACAUUGUUCAGAGAUUUUACUACAGAUUUUUAUUUUCAUAUUCUGAUAUAUUCCACACAAAUUAUAAAUCAUACAUUUUGUUCUUUAUUUUAUAAAAUUUCAAUUCCAAAGAGAAUGUGUCUCUAAUGUGGCUGUGAGUGAAACUAUACAGGUAGUUGAAACAACUAAACAAUGUAUUGUAACAUAGAAUUAGUCUGACCUGGUGAUGUAGUACUGCAGCUUUUUGCUAUGACAUUCUUUUUUUUCCCUUGCUAUUUUUAUGUUUUGUUUUGUCUGACAUUUUGUUUGAUUGAUUGAUUCAGCGUGUCUUACAGUUUAGUAUUUUCUCUGGAGCUGAGGCAAUGCUCAUUUGUUUGUAAUAACUCAAAAUAAAAUCAAACUAUUUAAAAUGAGGACAAAUUUAAGUUUAACUAGUAGAGUUUGCCCAAUAAUUCUUGUCAGUUGUUGAAACAUUGUCUUUUUAAAAUCAAAUAUUAGUUACAUCUUAAAUCAAAGAGCCAUUGUCAUUAUAUCAUUUAAUUGAACAUUGUAAUUUCACUUGAGUUGCUAAGUUGUAAAGAUAGAUACAAAAUUAAGGUUUAAAUUACACAAUGUAUUUCAUAGGAGUUGAUAGUUCUAAUUUUAGAAAUCUUAAUAUGUGAUUAAGAUAUGUUUUUUGUUUCCAUAACAUUUCUGGCUACUUUGAAGUCUUUCUUCUUUAUAUAUCUGUCUAUCAAUAUAUCUAUCUAUAUAUAUAUAUAUUACUGCUUCAUUGAAAUUAUGUUCUCAUGUACAUGCUUAGUCUAAAUCUAUCUGAAGGAAUAUGUAUCAAAGGUCUCUGUCUUCAUCUUUUCCUUAUUACAAGAUAGACAUUGUGAGACAGUUUUCUUUGCCCAGGGCUAGACAUACAAAGUGAUUCUUAUCACUUUUUUUUUUAUUUCAGAAUGACCAGCCAGACUAUGAUCAUUGUAGUUCAACUAUUUUGACUUUGAUCUUGCACAAUAGUAUAUAGUAGAAAUAAUGGAAACUUUUUCUAUUUCUAAAGCAGUAAACUGAUUACUUCUAUCAGUUGAAAUUCAGCAAAUGGAGGUAGAUCAAACUAUUGAUCUAUUCAUUGUUGACCUGUUACAUUAUCAAAAAUAGUCAUCUAAUCAGUUUUCUAGCUCUUAAUUUGUCUGUUAUUUUAAUACUUCUAGUCUGUGUGUUGACAACUUCUACAUCAGAUUUUUCCAUUUAGCCUUAUAAUAUGUGAUCAGAUAUUGUACAUAGCUAUGUCCUUUGUCAUGCACAUGUUUCUUCAUUUGAACCUGUGUAGCCAGAGUUUGAUAUUAGUUGGUUCAACAUUUGCCCUGAAAGAGUUUUUCAACACACAAUGUAGUGUUUGAAUAUUGGAAAGUUGUAGAGAAGAAAGAAUUAUUGAGAAAAUAAAUCCUUGCCUAUACCUAGACUUAGUCAACCUCUAAUCUUAAUUUGUACAGAAUAUUAAACAUUUCUGGCAUUUACACCCAACAGUCACCUCUUGUUUUUAUUCACCAUGGAUAAAGUCUUAUCUCCUGAGGUCAAUUUUAGACCACCUAUUGUCUUCUGUGGGUCUUUCUUGCCUUCUGUUUUCUAGUUUGGGCAAGUUGUCUGCUGAGGGCCAUUCUGUUGUCUGUGCUCCUCCUUAGUAGAACAAGAAAACUAAGUGUGCCAUUGUUAGUGUAAACAAUUGAGUGUACUUGCUGUAAUAAAAGAAUUACCAUAAUACUGGAAUGUUGGAAUAAUUUUGACUUACUGAAUAAGAAACUCAAAUAUCUAUCCAUUGACUUGACUGAACUCACUGAUAGAGAUAUAAUCCAUGUAGUAUUUGGUUGUUUUACUAGUGGCCAUCAGUGAGACUCUAGUUCCAGUUCUGGUUGUGAAGUAAUUCUCUGUUGAAGUCUGGACUUAAUGUUUCCUAUAUCUUGUUACCUACCAAAGUCCUUCCCCUCUUUUUAUGCAAAACUCUUUUGAUUUCAACCUUUUGUUUUCCUUCUCCAAUUGAGCCAACAGGGUGCUUAACUACUGAGUAUUUUUAGUUUUCAAAUUUCGUGUCUUGGUUUCAAUCUUAAACUUCAUUAGAACAUAUCUUGUAUGUAAAUAAUUUGUCAUGACAACGAUGCCAAAUUGGAGUUGUCUAAAGUUUAUUAUUUUCCUUUUUUUUUUCAUUAAAAUAACUUUUAAACUUUUGAUUGUUCCAAUUGUCACCUGCUUUAUAUUAUUCAACUCACUGCUUUGUACAAUAUUGAAACUGGUGAAAAUGUUCAGCUUUCAAAAAAAUAUUUUAUUGUCUCAUAGUAACUUUAGUCAUACAAUGGACUAUAAUUACUUAAACUAGUAAUGACAUUUGGGUUUGAAAUCAAAUAGAAACAGACAUCCGAAACUACAAUGUUUGAAAAGGUAUUUGAGUUGUCUCACCAUAAAAUUGGCUCUUUUCCUUACAUCACAAAUAUUUUUGUUAAGAAACUACUAGCAACUUACUAGAGAUUAAUUCAAUUCUUUGUAGAUACAUUGAUGUUCAACAAAUGAUUUUUUAAUUUAGCUAGAUUUCAUUCAUGCUUUACAGAUACCAUAACAUUACAAAUGGUAUGACAACAAUUUGGUAGACAUUGAUUUUAAGGUGUGUUUUUUUUUUCCAUAAACUGCAGUAUUUGAAGAUAGACUUCAAUUUCAAUUUUUAUUCUUGGGUCAAUCAAUUUUUUUUAAAUAGAAUUUUCUGUUCUGUUUUUCUUGAUGAUAAUAAAACAAUUGUUACUAAA